AUGUCCAAGAAGCGGGGCUCGGCGCCCGGUGCCCAAGUAUUAUCGGCGUAUAAAUCUGCCAUACAACACAUUAAGAUCAUUUUGGUGACCCCGGCAAGCAUGGGCAAGUUCCGCCUUUGGCCUUGGUUCUGCGGGCUGUAUAAACGGUUCCCUACGCCUGAGCAAUACGGUGCUGAUCUGACGAGCAAAACGGUUAUCGUUACGGGCGCUAACGCGGGACUGGGUUUUGAGACGGCUAAGUAUCUUGCGCGGCUCCAUCCUGGCAAGUUGAUCCUCGCUUGUCGCAACCUUCAAAGCGCGGAGGAAGCGAAGACGCUAAUAAUCGCGGAUACCAAGUGCGAAACGGUCGAGUGCUGGAAGUUGGAUCUAUCCAGCUUUGCGAGUGUGCAAGAAUUCGUGUCACAGUUUGAACGAGAGGGUGGGGGAAAGCUCGACCUUCUUAUCCAGAAUGCAGGUAUCAACCACCACGGACCGCACAAGACUACUUCGGACGGGUGGGAGGUGCAGCUCCAAGUCAACAACCUCGGUCCCGAGCUCCUGGGACUCCUCCUCCUGCCUUAUAUGGCCAAAGCAGGCCCCACACCUCCGACGCCGCGCAUGGUAUGGGUUGCGAGCGAGAUGCACUAUUAUGUUGCUGUGGGGAAGGAGCCGCAGGGGAGUCUGCUGGAAGCCUUGAGCAAGGACGGCACAUUCGAGGAUACCGUGCAGAUGACAUUUAGCAUGUUCUCCAAGGAGAAGGCACGGUACCCGAUGUCGAAGUUGAUUAACGUGAUGUUUGCCCGUUCGCUGGGCUCGCGCAUCCCUGCCUCCUCUGGGCUCACAGUCGUCAGCGUGAAUCCCUCCGCCUGCGCCUCCUCCUUGCAGCGUGAUCUAGACCACCUCCUGCUCGUGCGCCUCGGUCAGCGCUGGUUCUUCCGCACAGCGGAGAUGGGAAGCAGAGUGAUUGCUCAUGCCGCGCUGGGCUUGGAGGUGCAAGGCAAGCAGGGGGCGUAUUAUAAUGACUGCAAGGAGGAGGAGGUAUGUGACUGGCUGUUGACGGAGAUGGGGCAAAGAAUACAAGAGAGGAUUUGGAAGGAGACGAUUGACGUGUUGUCCAGGGUGGACGGCAGGGCGCCGGGCAUCAUCGACGAAUAUCUUUCGUAGACUCCUACGCCUGAGGAUCGAGCAUUGGCAUGGGCUGAUUGAUGUAGCAGCGAGUGGUUAUGAGGCACUUGACCAUUCGAGCCCUUGCCCUUAUACCAUUGAUCCCUGCUCGUUGUCGAUGGUGACUUCAACUG